UUAUUCUAUGGCUGUGUCGCGGCUGAUUGUUGACAGUCAACUAUAGUGUAACUCAGGCUAAGCUGCAGCUACAGACAGCUGUGUUUGACAUAUUGAACAUUCUUUUCAUUAUCAGCGGCACUGGAGCCUCAUCCGUCGUACGCGUCUCGACGCAGCCUUAUUCAGGCAGCUGCGUAUCCCGACCAUCAUCACUCACCGCGACAGAUCGAGUCGCAUCGUCGUAGGAGUGGACAGACUCCAGAAGUAGGAAAAAUGAGUAGUAGAUCGCAAAUGACAACAAUGAAUGGGAAGAGGCCCUCUUCAAUAUCUUCUAGACAUCAGCCAGAGACUCAGUCGCAACAUGGUGAUUUGAUUAAUUAUAUCUGUGAUUCUUGGAAUUCUGUAUCUAGAGAGUUAGAUAUGUGUCAUAAUCAAUCACAUAGUAAUUCCUCCAAUUAUAGAAAUGGGGCAUCAGUAACAUAUUACCAAGAACAUGAACCAAAUCCACAUUUAAAAGAUUUUGAACCUUUCAAUUUGGAGGCAUGGUGGGGGCAACGUGUUGUGCAAAGUAUCACUAGGAACACAAAUUCCUAGUGCCAGGCCCAACAUGCUGACUAUAAUCGAACAUUCUCAAACAAAUAUAAAAAACAGAAAAGAUAAAUUGAGAGUUAAUAAAUUCAAUCUUUUUUUUUAUUUUUAUUUAUAAAAUUUAUUGUAAAUCCAAAACUCUCUCUCUCUCUCUCUGAUAAAAUAUGAUAGCUUAGAUAUAUGUAUCUACUUAUCUCGAAAAUAACUUUGAAAUCUUUUGAUAAAGGAAAGAGGGGAAAUAAUACGAAAAAUAAUUGACGAACUUAGCAAAAAUUAGAGCACACAAGAAGCAAAAAGAAAUAUAUAAUAAUACAGUAGAGAGACAUAUUGCUAAGUGAUUUGUUUGAAAUAUGACGAAAUAUUCCCCUUAUCUUCAAUUGUAUUUCAAUGAAAUAUUAACCUUCUCUCUUGAUUUUUUUACAAGCAUAUUAAAGAGGGAUAAAGGAAAUAUAAAACUUUUUCUUGUUUGUAAUAUUGUCUUUAUAAAACUCGAGAGGGAUAUUUAAUAAUUAAGAAUAUUAUACCAAACUCUAUUUAUUUAUUAGCCACCAUUAAAUAAUGCGCGAUAUAUGUUUAUAUAUAA